GAUGGAUGAUUGGAGGGGAGAGUGGUGUAUCACUAGAGGCUAGUGAGGUCCCUGGCGAGGGACACAGGGAGCAAUUAUUAUGAUCCUGUCUGCUCUUCCCUCGCUCACUUUCUAACACUCUUUUUUAUUUUCUCUUUCCCCUCUAGUUCCAAAAAAGGAUACCGCUGAAGCCAGGGGAAAAGGAGAGUGGGGGGGUAAAAACACAGGGGAGAAACCAAAGGAGGAAACCCCCUUGGUAGACUCCAUCAGUGCAUGUGCAUGAGUGUGUGUGCUGAAGCUGCAGAAGUCGCUCAGCAGAGCCAGAAGGACUUCUUUCCACCGCCAUGGGGGAGAUGGUGAAUGCUUGGUUCGCUGAACGCGUCCACACCAUCCAGCCAUCUGCCUCCAAAGAAAAUCCUCCACAGCAGCGGCCCCACCAGUCCUCCACAGACCCUGGACCUCCCUCUGCCCCCACCAUCCUCCCACCCACCCUCAGCCUCCUGGACAACCGCUGCCCUUCCCCUGCCACGGUCCCCAGCCCGGCCCCCGGCACCCCGACUCGCAAAAUCUCGGCAUCGGAGUUCGACCGCCCGCUCAGACCCAUCGUGGUUAAAGACUCUGAGGGCUCCCUCACAUUUCUGAGCGACGCUGACCGCGAAACUGUGCCUCUGCGGGGUUCAGUGAUGGGUGAGGGUGGUGUCGUAGGUGGGGGAGGCAAUGGAGGUGGAUGUGGCGAGGCGGGUAGCGGCAGCGGGGGAGACCGCUGCGCCAGGCUGCUGGAGCUGGUGAAGGACGUGUCGAGUCAUCUGGAUGUGACAGCACUCUGCCACAAGAUCUUCCUCCACAUCAACGAGCUGAUCGCAGCAGACCGCUACUCACUGUUCCUGGUGGGUGAGGACAGCUCCAACAGAAAGUUCUUGGUCAGCCGGCUGUUUGACGUGGCCGAGGGAUCCACGUUGGAAGAAUCCUCCAGUAGCUGCAUCCGGCUGGAGUGGAACAAGGGCAUUGUGGGACAUGUAGCUGCAACGGGCCAGCCACUCAACAUCAAGAACGCGUACGAGGACCCCAGGUUCAAUGCUGAGGUCGACCUGAUCACAGGUUACAAAACCCAGAGUAUCCUUUGUCUGCCCAUCAAGAACCACAGAGAGGAGGUAGUCGGAGUGGCUCAGGCUAUCAACAAGAAAUGUGGGGAGGAUGGUGCCUUCACUGAACAGGAUGAAAAGGACUUCUCAGCCUAUUUGGCCUUUUCAGGCAUUGUCCUGCACAACGCUCAGCUGUAUGAGACGUCGCAGCUGGAAAACAGACGCAAUCAGGUGCUGUUGGACCUGGCCAGUCUGAUCUUCGAGGAGCAGCAGUGUCUGGAGGUUUUACUGAGGAAGAUCGCAGGAACCAUCCUGUCCUUCAUGCAGGCCCAGGCUUGUACUGUCUUCAUUGCUGACGAAGACUCAAUGAACUCCUUCUCCAGUGUCUUUCACAUGGAAUACGAGGAGCUGGGCGAAGUCCUAGACGCUCCCAAAAGGGACUGUGAUGUCAGUCAGAUUAAUUACAUGUACGCCCAGUAUGUUAAAAACACCAUGCAGCCUCUCAACAUUGCAGACGUCACCAAGGACCAACGCUUCCCCUGGACGAGUGAAAACCCAGAUCACACCAGCAACCAGAUAAAGAGUUUGCUCUGCACUCCCAUCAGGAAUGGCAAGAAGGACAAAGUCAUAGGUGUAUGUCAGUUGGUGAACAAGAUGGAUGAAGCGUCGGGCAGCGUGAAGGCCUUCAACAGGAACGACGAGCAGUUCCUAGAGGCAUUUGCCGUCUUCUGUGGUCUUGGCAUCCAGAACACACAGAUGUACGAAACUGUGGAGAGAGCCAUGGCAAAGCAGGAAGUCACUCUGGAGGUCCUGUCAUACCACGCCUCUGCUGCAGAGGAAGAAUCGCGGGAACUCCAGGUAACCGCGGUAGCCACGGUUCCGUCAGCCCAGUCGUUGCGUCUUCAGGACUUCAGCUUCAGUGACUUUGACUUGUCAGACACUGAAACCACGUUGGCUACCAUCCGCAUGUUUGUUGACCUCAACCUGGUCCAGAACUUCCAGAUGAAGUACACGAGUUUAUGCCAGUGGAUUCUGAGUGUGAAGAAGAACUACAGGAAGAAUGUGGCCUACCACAACUGGAGACACGCCUUCAACACAGCCCAGUGCAUGUUCGCCCUCCUCAAGUCAGGACGCUUACAGAAUAACCUGAGCGAUGUAGAGGUCUUGGCUCUGAUGAUUGCAACUCUCAGCCACGACUUGGAUCACAGAGGAGUCAACAACUCCUACAUACAGAGGAGCGACCACCCACUGGCCCAGCUCUACUGCCACUCCACCAUGGAGCAUCACCACUUCGACCAGUGCCUCAUGAUCCUCAACAGCCCUGGAAACCAGAUCCUAAGCGGUCUCUCCCUUGACGAGUACAAGGCCACUCUGAAGAUGAUCGAGAGGGCUAUUCUGGCCACCGACCUGGCCUUGUACAUGAAGAGGCGAGGGGAGUUCUUUGAGCUCACCAAGAACAGCCAGUUUGUUUGGGAGGACGAACAUCACAGAGACUUACUGAGGUCAAUGCUGAUGACUGCAUGUGACAUCUCCGCCAUCACCAAGCCCUGGCCAGUGCAAAAAAGGAUUGCUGAGCUGGUGGCCACUGAGUUCUUUGAACAGGGCGAUAAGGAGAGGCGAGAGCUGAACAUUGAGCCUAUUGACCUGAUGAAUCGUGAGAAAAGAGAUAAGAUUCCCAGCAUGCAGGUGUCCUUCAUUGAUGCCAUCUGCAUCCAGUUAUACGAGACCUUGGCGGGCAUGUCAGAGUACUGCUCCCCAUUGUUGGAGGGAUGUCAGAAAAACCGGCAGCAUUGGAAGCGUUUGGCCGAGGAGUGCGAGAAGGGACUGGGCAACGGCUUGGUGUGAUCCCAAAGCCAAAACCAACACAAAUUCCCAGGGUUCUCCCUGUCCAACCUGGUCUCACAAAGUUUCAUGAAAUUAGCAUGAUAUGCAGUACACGGAAGAGAGAACAAAUUAGAUGUUUUGGGCAAAGAAAGUUAACAAAAGUUGAACUUCUGUGGCGAAAAAACCCACUAGAUUUGGUUUGGUAGAGAAAGGGCACAACUUGCCUUUAACAAUCUUAGAGCAGGUUCAGGUCCCAACUUAUUUUCAUAGAUUUGUCCAUCCUUCCAAUUUGUGCUAAUUAGCAUGUACUCAACAAGAUAAUAGCUAAGAUCUGGGAAUACAGAGGCAUUACUAAACAAGUGCUUUGAGCUAAAUGCUAAGAUAAGCAUGCAACACAAAGGCACAGUGGCGAGGUACUGUAUUUAUAUAUAUAUAUAUAUAUAUAUAUAUAUAUAUAUACUUUCCCACAUUCAUCAUAUUAAUUCAACGUGAUAGCAUUAUAAUAUGUGCUAGUUAGCGCUAAAGACAAAGUACAGCUGAUAAUUUUGCAAGCAUUUAGACUUCAGCAAAGUAUCACUACAGGAAACGUCAGGGAUCUCUAAAUCAUUACUAUUUAUCCUCUGGGAACCAUGAACGUCAGGACAACUUUCAUGGCAAUUCAUCUCGUAGAUGUUCAGUUAUUUCAGUCUGGACCAAACUGACAGACCAACACUGACAUACUUAGAGCCAGACUGCAGAUGCCCCAUGUUUGCUAACCACAAAGCCAACAAAAAAUCUAGUCAGCCAAAGUAUUCUGUAAGAGAGAACAAAGGUGAAUAACAAAAUUAUCAGCCAAAAGGUCUGCUGAAAACAUCCACCACAGUUUACUAGACUUACUGAACUGUAGUUCAGCACCAUGAAAGAUUAUUACUGACAUGUUUCUUUGAGGUGUGCUCAGUUUUAGCUUGUUUACAGCUUGACCUGAUGGUGACUCCUCAUUGCUUGCCCUGCCAGACCGUGUUGUAGUAAUUUCAUCAUCUUCCCAGAUCUCAAUAAUUUUACUGAGUACAUAUGACAAAUAACCAAAACUAUGAAAAUAAGACUUAAGCCUAAUAUAAACCUUCAAAUAAAUUCUUACAUUAGCUUAUUUAAGCCGUUAGCUAAGUCACAUGACACACAGGUGAGAAUGUGUCAUCACUGCUCAUUUCAUCAAACUCUGUGAGACUUGUCUUCCUGUUGUCACCAUUCCUUUAUAGCUGUCACUCACCAGAGACAAUAACAGAGUCAGCACUAAGCUAUAUUUAUUAUCAUAGCCAUUUUUAUUUUUGCACAGAGUGGCUUUCAUCUUGAAGUCUCACCUACACUAUCUCUCACAGGUAGUGAAUUUUAGGGGAACACUGAGUGGUAAGACAUUGAUCCUUAGGGAUCAGCACCAUUCCAGUGGGCUACAGAUAUUGUACUUACUAUAUACUUUACAUAGUUGUCACAAUAAUGACUGAUAUGCUUGUUAAAUGUGUCUUUGUUCACAGCACACACACUACAAGGGUUUGAGUCUUUUGUAACAUUUUUUUUUCACUCAUUGUCUUAACUAUUGCAUAUUUAUUUUUGUUUUAUAUAUUUAUUAGAGUUUCUAUAUUGUAAGGUCAUCCUUUUGUCAAGAGCACACAGUUCUUUAUAUAGGAAAUGUAGUUUUCAUACCUAAAAAUCCCAUCUCUGCUUUUUGAAGGAUCUUUCUUAGGAACAACUCUUUCAGAUGACAUUUGGAAAUGUACUGUAUUGUGUCUUUGUUUUUGUUUUUUUUUUUCAAAAUGUAAAAUAGCCAAAGACUAGGCAAUUUCAAAGUGAAAUUGGUCUAGAUUCUUCCACUGCCUUGUUGUGAUAAAAUAGGACCAAUUCACAAUUAAAAGAAGAAAAUAUUUUAUUUGUUCACAUCUUUCUGCACCCAUUAAUGCCUGUCCCCUAUAAAAGGCUGUUUUUUUUUUUUUUUUACAUCCCAUUUUUAUAACUGAAUGAUGGAGAAGCGUUUGCAUUGUGAUCAGCCUGACCAAACUGUGUUGUGAUGAGACGUUCCUUCCACAUAAAAUCAUUCUAAAUGUAUUGGGGGGUAUAUGCUGACACAGGUUUAAAUCACUCUCUGUCACAUGGCAGAAAUUAGUGCUGUCGAAUGGUUAAAACUUUUUAGUAUAUUGCAAUUUUGGUGACACAUGGCCAAACGGUUCAGCCUGUAGAGCAGUGGUUCCCAACCUGGAACCCCCCAAAGCGUCCAAAGAUAAAUUUGAUAAAGAUAAAGUUUAUAAAUCUGAGCAGCAACUCAACAAUAAAGUAUUGAGGUUUGAUAGUCAGCCUGCCCACACUCCCUAACCUGUGAUCAAGGACAGUUUUCUUUUCAGGGGUCCCAAAUCAAACAGGUUGGGAACCAAUGCCAUGCAGCUGCAGUUUUCUGUGAGCAAAUUAACCCAACAACCAUGUCAAAAAUGCCUCCAGGAUAAAACGAACCCCAGGUGUUCCAGUGAUUCUGCUCAGUGGUAAGCAGCAAAGGGCUUCUACUGGAUAUAUGCCAGUGGAUAACAGUGUGGGACCACAGUUGUGCAUUACCCACUAAAACCCCAGAUUUCAUCCUCUGCUUUGAAAUAUACAGCCAUGUUUUGUUGUAAUUACCAGUUUUCCUUUAAAACAGGGAUUGAAGGUUUUUGACGAUAAAGAUGUUGGUCAUUUACUCACACUCCCACAUUCAGUUGCCAUUCUUCAGAUCAUUUUAGUCUUAUACAAAACUUCAAUACUCUGCACGCACAACAACAGGUGCCACCUAUGUGCAUUUUAUUAACAGCAACAAACAGGCCAGGCAGCCUGGUCUUAACUAAAGCACUUUUGUAGACGCACAUGCUCAGAAAGCUCAUUUGUAUCUGUGGUUGUUUUGUACUUAGAAUACGUCUCCAGGACUGUAGUACAUGUGCCUGUUGCCUAACCUCUGUGCUUUUUCAAAGAAACAAAAUAUCUAUUAUUUCCUCACUGCUUCAGCCUCUGGGUUGUUUCAGAGAAGUUUCUCUUUGUUUUGUUGCAUGUAUAUGAGAGGGCAUUACACCAGAGAGGAAGGGUUUUUUUAAAAAAAAAAAAAGAAGAGGUUUGUGGGUGUUUACUGCAGGUGACAUAAUGUGAUAUGCUGAUAUGGUACUGUUAUGAAGGAGGUGUUCCACAUUUGCAACUGUUGACACCACUGAACACUGUGAGCCAAGUAAAUGGUAUGUCCCAUUAAAGAAUAAUACUUA